CCCAACGAUCGCAGCACCAUUUUGGGGAGACCGUUUCUGUAGUGUUUUGCCAUUAUUCCGGCUAACGCUCGGCUUCAACCAGAUUGUGUUCAUUUUUGUUACAGCGUUUAGUUAGAAAGUUAGCAUAUUACAGGUUCUGUUUGACUAAACAGAGGAACGUAAGGACACUCGACGGUAGCCCGAGUGCUAGCUAGCUGGAGACCUUAGCUGGCUGUUUUACUCUGGACCCACGCAACGUUCACUGAGCCUACAAGUGAAUUCUUAUCAAAAUGAGUGCUGCCUCCUCCCAAAAAGUUAUCCUGAAAAGCACCACCAAAGUGUCCCUAAAUGAGCGCUUCACUAACAUGCUGAAGAACAAGCAGCCCACUGCGGUAAGCAUUCGAGCCACCAUGCAACAGCAGCAUUUGGCCAGUGCCCGCAACCGCCGGCUGGCCCAGCAGAUGGAGAACCGUCCGUCAGUGCAAGCUGCUCUGAAUAACAAACAGAGUCUAAAACAACGCCUGGGGAAGAGCAACAUCCAGGCCAGGCUGGGCCGGCCUGUUGGGGCUCUGAUGCGUGGAGGAGCUACUGGAGGCAGAGGAGGAAUGCGGGGAAUGUCCAGGGGAGGCCUGCGAGGACGUGCCAGAGGAGGAGUAAUGAGGGGGGCUCUGUCCCUGAGAGGGAAGCGAGUAUCUACAGGUGGCCCCAUGCGGGGCCGUGGCCCUGCUGGUCGUCUGACAAUGCGUCGAGGAGGCCGCUAUAGUGGAGGACCUGCUGGCAGAGGAGGAGCUCUGUCCCGAGGAGCAACACGUGGAGGUAUAGCCAGAGGCCGUGGCGGACUGCGUGGGCGUGGUGGUUUUGGUGGCCGAGGUGGUCGUGGCCGUGGGCGGGGCCGAAGUGUUGGCCGCCCAGCUGUAACCCGUGAACAACUGGACAACCAGCUGGAUGCCUACAUGUCUAAGACCAAAGGUCAUCUGGAUGCUGAACUGGAUGCCUACAUGGCCCAAGCAGACCCAGAUGGUAUGGAGUGACCUUGGAGGACUCUGUAGCUGAAGCACAUGUUGAUUCAACCAGAGAACUGUGCAGCUGAACUCACACAUACAGUGUAGUGUUGAUGUGCUGAGAA